AAGUUUUCCACAGGAAGUGGGGGGUGCUGCUUCCGGUGUCGGCAGGGCUGGGGCGCGGAGGCGGUGCCGGUUGCACCGAGCGCUGGGGCCGGGGCCGCGGCCGCAUCCCGGAAUGCGAAGAGACUCCGAGGCCCGCAGCACAACACUAAAUUUGUAAUGAAAUGGAGUCUGGGUCAAGCUCUUUUCGAGUGGAAUUUCCAGAUUUUUCUAGCACCAUUUUGCAGAAGUUAAACCAGCAACGCCAGCAAGGACAACUAUGUGAUGUGUCCAUUGUAGUUCAGGGCCAUCUCUUCAGAGCCCACAAGGCUGUUCUUGCAGCUAGUUCACCUUACUUCUGUGAUCAGGUUCUCCUGAAAAACAGCAGGCGAAUAGUCCUGCCUGAUGUGAUGAAUCCCAGAGUAUUUGAAAACAUUCUUCUGUCUACCUACACAGGUCGGCUGGUAAUGCCUGCUCCAGAAAUUGUUAGUUAUUUGACAGCAGCAAGUUUCCUUCAGAUGUGGCACGUAGUGGAUAAAUGCACGGAAGUACUAGAGGGGAACCCAACGGUUCUGUGUCAGAAGAUGAAUCAUGGCAGUGAUCAUCAGUCCCCGAGCAGUAGCAGUUACAAUGGCCUUGUUGAAACCUUUGAGCUUGGGUCUGGAGGACAGACGGAAUUCCACAAAGUGCAGGAACUAAGGGAUGGUGAAAAUGAAGAAGAGAGCUCUAAAGAUGAACUGUCAUGUCAGCUGACAGAACAUGAGUACCUUCCCAGUAAUUCUUCAACAGAACAUGAUAGACUUAGCACUGGGAUGACAAGUCAGGAUGGUGAAGAAGGAACUAGCGAUAGUGCAGAGUAUCAAUAUACUAGACCUAUGUACAGCAAACCCAGCAUCAUGUCUCACAAGCGGUGGAUCCACGUGAAACCAGAACGAUUUGAACAAGACUGUGAAGGUGUUGAUAAUCCGUAUGAUGAACACCAAGUUUCUGAAUCCAUGAAUGCCAUUCAGGCAGAUCAUUCAAUCCAGUCUUCAGGUGUUGAAGACUUUCAUAUAAGUGACAAAAAGAUGGAAGCAGAAUUUGAUGAACAGGCAGAUGAAAGUAAUUAUGAUGAACAAGUUGACUUCUAUGGCUCAUCUAUGGAAGAAUUUUCUGGUGAAAGAGCAGAUGGAAAUUUAAGUGCUCACAGACAGGAUCUUAUGAUAGCAGCAGGCUAUGGUGAAGGCAUUGAAAUGGCUACGGGAAUUAAAGAAGAAACGUCCCUCACUGGAUUCUCACAUGCUGAUAAGCUGUAUCCUUGUCAGUGUGGUAAAAGCUUUACACACAAAAGUCAGAGAGAUCGGCAUAUGAGUAUGCACCUUGGUCUUCGACCUUAUGGCUGUGGUGUCUGUGGUAAGAAAUUCAAAAUGAAACACCAUCUUGUAGGCCAUAUGAAAAUUCAUACAGGCAUAAAACCAUAUGAGUGUAACAUCUGUGGGAAAAGGUUUAUGUGGCGGGACAGUUUUCAUCGGCAUGUGACCUCUUGUACCAAGUCAUACCAAGCUUCUAAAGCUGAGCAGAGUACUACUGAGAUGAACUAAGACAUUAGUGCUUACAUUUAUUUAGUAGAGUAAGAAAAAUAAACUAAUUAUGCAAAUGAUGUCUGGUACUUGCUAUUGUAAAUUCUCAAAAAAACCUAAGUUUUAAUGAUUAUGCUGGUAUAAGCAGACCAAACUUCUUAUUUUCCACUUCAGUUUUCCAGUAUUACUCCAAGUGUUCAAUGUGUGAAGUGCAAAUGGUUUACCUGAAAGGUGCUUGCAGAAUGAGGUCUGUAAGGUCUUUGUGACAUGGAUUGUAAUCCCAGCAGUUAGAAACCCUGUUUUUAUUUCUAAGUCUUUCUAACUUCACAUAAAACCCAGCUCUAAAUCGACCCAUAUCCUGCAAAUGCUUGUAUGAAGGAGGAAUUCAAGUAGCCCUCCUUAAUGAUAAAAAGAACUAGGAUGGUCAAACCAGGUUAUAUGAUUCACAUUUUAAGGAAAAAAAAAAGUAGGAUACCACCUCAAACUGGAGAUUGCCAACACACUUAACAUGCAUCAUUAGGUAGUCUACAUCAUUAAAUAGCCUUUGCUGUAUUGCUUAAUGAAAGGCUGUGUUGAAGAUGGUUUGGCUUCCUUUAUCUGUCUUCCAUUUUUUGUCCACCUUCAGUAGCACAAAUAUCUAAUUUUCUGCUGAUUUCUGAUUAGAGUCUGUAAGGCACUUAAAUAUAGUUGAGCACUAUACACAUUUCAAUCUGUAUUAAGUAUAAUUUGUCUUUGCUUCUCUAGGGUGUAAUGCUGUAUGACUCUUGGCUUGACUUGGUUUUGAUUGCUACAUCGUGAGAGCUUCUAGAAGUCUGUGCAAUAAGUCUGUCUUGUCAAAAAAAAAAAAGUAAGAUGUAACAUUUGGAACUUAUCCGAAAUAAUCAAAAGUUUAAGCUGUGGUUUUCUGUUUCAUGGCUUACUACAGUAGCAAGUACCAAACUCUGUGCGUUCAUGAAUUUACUUUAUAUUGGUACAAAAACUUCUUUGAGAACUUUUAUCUAGUUUUAGCAACCCGUUCCAGGAAAAUGAUUUAGUCAUUGAUAGGUAUUUAUACUUUUAGUUCUUGACUCUUUGAAUUUUAAGAACUAUAAUACAGAUUCUUGGUACUGAACUACUGUGACUGGUUACAUGUGAUCACGAGCAGCCAGAGUUGUUUUACCUCUUUAAAUCACGUUGCUUGUGGGGAAAAAAGAUAGAAGUAUGGUAUUUGGAUCUAUUAAUGGUACUGCAGAACAUGGUACCAUGCUCAUGUCCGAAGUCUGGAUUUUUGCUGGGAAGUGGCACUUCUGCUAUAUCCUGGGCUCUCAUUCUUGGGACAGAUGGAGGAGUGUUUGUAGUUCUGAGAGAUGCUGCCAGCUCUGCAGGUAGAGUGAAUGCAUCAAUUGUAAAGGUGGCAACAGGAUUUUGGGGUUGAAAGCUUAAUGCAGUCUUAUGCAAAAGCAAUUAACCCUUCUUUGUAGUUUACUAAAACAUAUUAUAAAAAGGAAAGAGCCUUUAGAGCAUACACAAACUAUAAUAAAAGAGGUGGUGUCCAAGUACAGUGCUGGUAACAUGGGGGGUGGGGGAGAAGUUAACCAGCAUCAAAGGUCUAAGCCUGUCUGACCCCAGUUUAUGUAUUAGAUACAUAUUAGAUAUGCAGGAAAACAUACUUAAACAGAUGACCCUGUAUGGUGAAGCAAACACACACAAAGAUAAUUACUAUUUAGAUGCUUUUUUGAACUCCUGGUUACAAAUUGUCUGAAGAUACAACUGGACUGUAUCCUGAACAUGAAUGUCUGGUACAAGGUGGGGGUUUACUACUCAGUGGGCUGUAAUUACUAUAACUUCUUUUCCGGCAUUCUACUUAUAAACUUUUAAAUUUUUUUUUUAAGGGGCUCUUAAUUCUUAAUCUUCUGAUGCUUCAGAUAUUUUUCAUACGGAGUUUUGUUAAAACAGAUAUUCCCAAAUAUGAUGAACCCAUUGCUGGCAAUGGGCAUGAGUGGUCAGCACCAUAGAGUUCCUGUUCUUAGCACUUAAUUGAACUCUACAAUAAACCUCGGUGGCCAUAUAUAACCCUUGUAAUCAAGGUAACUAAACAGGGAUUUACUCACUAACACUGUAACCUGCUUAAUGUAUAGAAGCACUUUGUAUUUAAAAAAACAAACAAACAAAAACAAACCAUAAAUCUUUAUGUUUUUUAAACUUAGAAAUUAUAUUCCCUUUAUGGUUUGUUUCCACACUGCUAACACUGUCUUUUUUUAAUAUUAAAAAAUAAUAAUAUUAUAAUGCUUGCCUGUUUACAUGAGUGUAAAGGAAAAGGUUCUUGCACUCAAUGGCCCUAUUUUUCCAUUCUCCAAGGCCUUACUACAUACAGGGUGUCAUUUCUGCAAGUACCAUCAUCAUAUUUGAGGGAAGGUAUUGUCAUACUCAUUUCAAGAAUGACCUUGUAUAUUACAUUAGUUCUCAACCCCUUUCAAAUUGUCACUUCACUGUUGCAUGAAAAGGUUAAGGGUACCUCUUCCCAUUUAACCAUAAAAAGGCUGGUCAGAAACACCAGGCUGAAAAAAGCAAAACAUUAUUUCUGUUAAACCUAGACCAUCCUACAGAGCUGCCAGCAAAACUGUUUCUUUUACCAGCUUGGAAUGACUUUUAUAUGGGACGCUUCAAAGUUAAGCAUUACUCCUAUUUGCAGUUAGAGUUCUUUGAAAUAAAGCUUUAAAAUAAAAUGUACUGCGAGAGACACUUUAAAGGUUUUAUAACAGGUCCAGUAGAUCACAUUAUAGAACCAUGUCCUUUUUUAAUGACUUAGCAUGAAUAGUAAUUUUUUAAUAUUUGCCUAUUACUAUUUUACCCCAUAUUAGUACAUUGUCUUGAAAGUCCAGCAAAUGUUGCUCCACUGAUUUUGUAGCACUAGGCUUUCUGAUGUUAAUUUACAUGAAACUAAUUGAUUGCAGGAAAAUACUGAUACAAUUGUUAUGAGAUCUAGUUGGGAGGAUUGAUGAUUUAAGGGAAGCUUGAGAUACGUGUCUAAAAUCCUUACUUUUGCUUAUCAAAGGCAAAACAGUUGUCUUGUGGUGGUUUUCCUGAAUUUAAUUUAUUGCCCUUUGACAAACUUCUAAUCACUGAUUCGGGUUAUUAGGAGAAAAAGAUAACAAAAAAAUUAUUUAAACGCUUAAGGAAACACCUUUCCUCCCCCUUUCCCAGGCUCAACUGAAGUCCAGCACCCUCAGACCAGGACAUCUCCCUGAUCUGUUUCCCUUGUGUUCCCCGAGCGCUGCACUCACCUGUGCUGUUCCUGUAGUGAAGUGACAGAUCACACAGAGGGUGGGCUCAUGGGUGUACUGGCUUGUCCGGUGUGCUUCACUUCUUAGUGGUGUCUUCUGCUGCUCUGGGAUAGUCGGUGUCAACUGCUCAUAGUGACACUAAGCUAUAGUCCCUUCAGGGAUGUGCCAGUUCCAGCUUGGGUCUCCUGUGGGCCUCAGUUACUCAGAGGUACCUUUGAGCCAAAGUGCCCUCAGAAGUGAGUCUCUUCAGACAUGGACUCUGUCCUUCUCUGAGUGUCUCCAUUCAUGUCCUCAGUGUCUUCUCCAGGUGUUUUCCCAAGAGCAGCUCUUCAGUUCCCCUGUAUGUGUUUCUUCCCCAGGAGUACCUUCUCAUGUGUCUCCCUGCACCCGUUGCCAGCAGCUGCCACUCUUUCUUAAAUAUGUCUGAGCAGAGGCACUGUGCACACCUCUGGUUGAAGUUCUGGUGUGAAAUGCAUCGUUUACAUCAGUUUCAGUGCAAACUGUUUUGACCAGCACAGGGCAGUUGUCAACCUCCAGCCACAUGUCACCUUUGCAGCCCCCUGCUACUGAAACCCUGCAGUUCUGGCCGUGGGGAGAACAUCUGCCCUUGGUUUCUGUGGCCAGUCUGGCCCAAACCGCCAAAACAGUAAACCAAGAUCUGUCAGGCUCUUAAUCUUUUCUAAUGGAGUGGUCAAGAUACAGGAAAUUAUUUCUUGUUAGUGGGGAGGAGGGAAGGGAUACAUAUAUAUAUAUAUAAAAAGUGAAUGCAUAUGUAUAUGAUAAAUUUCAUCGAUCUUCCCUUAAGCUUCAUCACCUUUAAUAAUAUGGCUUAGAAACAUUUGUGCGUUUUUAUAUUGCUCACUGUUGGCUGUAGUAAAGCGAAUGUCUUCUGAAAACCAGAACCAUUGUGCACACAGGAGUCUUUCAGAAUGUCCUGCUACUGUGAAGCCAUUCAUUUUCUAUCAGUGGUAAGAAUGCUUAAUGAUACUACAGCUAAGUUCCUUUUCAUUCCACUUUGCAACUAAGAUGUUAAUUACCGUGGAAUCUGUGUAACUGCUAUUCUGAAAAAUUCAGCUGUUUGCAGGGUUAAGAUCUCUGUUCAGUUGUGUAUCUGACCUUUUUGAGGAAGGAGAUUCCUAUUUCACACACCACUCUUGGGGUUUUUAGUUUGUUUUUAAACAAUACCUUGUUUUAUGGGUGAGCAGGUAGACUCUAGAAGGUACUGUCAGUACAACUUUUGGUCUUAGCGUUUUUUUCAUCUGAGGUGUUUCUGGGGUUGAGAAACUGUCCCGUACCAAAAGUAAGAUAGAUGAUCAAAGGCUGAUGUAUUGGGUUUCUCAUUAUAAAAAGAAUACUGAUGUCCCUGUAGUAUUGAGUCUGAAAAAAUGGAGGCACUUCAGAUCUUGUAAUCCCAGCUUUUGCCUUGGUGCCAGAAGGGCGACCUGUCUCUGAAUUAGGAGAGCCUACAGUAGUAUUUUGAGUAUUUUGCUUUAACUGAAUUAGAACCUUUCUCAAGACAACAAAGGAGACUUGGGGUUUUUUUGUCAUUUAAAUGCUUCAUUGUAUAGCUAGGUUUCUUUAGCUAUAAGCUGUGAACUGUCAGUGCCCUAGGGGAAGAUGCUGGAGAACAAAAUGGUAUAUUUUUAAUGUGAUAAAAUUGUAAGUUUCGAUUUUUGCUUGAAGCCUGUGUCUGUCAGUUGCUGCUCCCUUUCUUUUUUUAAAUUAAUUAUGGGUUUCCAUGUUUCUUCCAGAAAUGUAACUGUUUAUGCAAGUCAAGUGAAUCUUCCUUAAUGAGCUAUAAGUUUUUAUUCUAAACAAGUCAUUUAUAAUAGUAAAUUUGCAUAUCUUGAUAUUUUGUGAGAUGUUAUGCUUGUACUGCAGAGGUUGGAUAGUUUUGUCUAUAAAUAUUGCUGUCCUAAUUGUACAGCAUGGUUUUAACUUAAUGUUACUGUUCAAUAUUUUCUUCUUAUAGAAGAGUCCCAUGCCCCUUUUUUUGUAUAACAUGUUUUAAUAAAUGUUAUCUGUCAACUUUGUAAAUGUUUUCUUAAGCUUGAAUGAAAGGAAUGCAUGUCUAGUACCAGUAUUUAAUAUUUCACUUUUGCCAAAACGAUAAGUGCUCAAAGUAAAAAAAUCCAAAAGUUGUUGAUUAUAUAACUUUAUUAAAUAUAUAAAGAAAAAAAGUGUA